UUCUUCCAGACUUGACUCAGCUGCUCCAGCUGCGCUCGUUUUGGGGCUACUGUCUAUCCGGUAGCUAGUGAGCCUUGGGAGCUCCCUUUUGCUUCGACGGCCCUAACCAACGACUUCACCAAAUUGAGAAGUCUUCGCAGCUGCUUGCCCCGCGUCGUUUCCGUGUGAUUUGGUUACCCGUUCAGUUCAAAUUCGUCUCCAGUACUGCCGUAGCUGCACUGAAGUUUCUGGCAAGCGACUUCACCUUCAAGCCUUGAGCAGAGGACCACGACUUCACCAGGACCGGGUUAACCUUUCAUGGCUGCUAGAGGUUUUGAAAUGGAUACAUGGAUGAACCGUUACCGUGCUUUCGCCGAAGGCGUGGUGAUUAUGGUCUGCCCGAUUCUUCUUGCAAUUGCACUCAACAAGGUAAACCUGAAGCAGGAGGAGCACGGGUCUGUCAUUCCAAUCACCAUGCUCGUGGUCGCAGCCGUUACUUUAAUAGCCGGUAUAUGCCCCUUCCUCGUUUGUUGUUUCUCCGAGUGCAAGAGAUUCUCCAGUGAAAGCUCAAGCUCCCCUCACACCGUGACCAAGUUGCUGACACUCAUAUCCAGUAUAUGCUUAGUAGCACUUGCCUGCUGGAUCAUACAUCUUAUUAUCGUUGACAACUGGGCAUACCCUGCAAUCGGCGCAGUAAUUGGACUCUGCAUCUUGGUUCGUAAUGUCAGCUACUGCUGUGCAAAUAAUACUGCAAUGGAAGGUGGAGAAUGCAGCAGUGAACUGGAGAACUCACUCGAUUUCUCCGCUGGUGUAGCUGCACUGCUGUUCAUCGGACUUGAAGGCUUGGCAUUGGAGGGUCAAAUUAACAGGGAUAAAGGAAUACAAGACCGCCUUACCAAACCAAUGGGUGCGAGCUUCAUCGCUUGUGUUGUUGGCGUGUGCUUGAUGCUCGUUGAGACGAUCCCCCCUCUUUUAAGUCACAGCAUCAUAAGCAAGCUUACACAGAUCUUUGAUAUCCUCAUGGCUUCUGCAGUCUACUUAGUCAUGCUCGUCAUUAUGUACGCGCUCAUGAAACUACGAGCGUUGCUUCUGCUUGCAACUCCGUUCCUGAUUCUCCUGAUGCAUGUGUUCCAUGUCGCCGUCAGCAGGGAUGCCAGAAGCAGCAACAACCGUGAUGAAGAGUCUGAUGUGCACAAUAAUGUUAAUAGAAGCAACAAUGCCGUCCCCAGCACAGUCGGCAACGUCCCAACAGGAGACUGUACCCUGGCAUCGCUUGAGCUAACCAAAGUAGCAUUCACUGGAUUCCUGGCUGUGUCGAUACCAAGCAUCAGCAAUGGAUCACUCAACAAGAGUACUGAAUGUUUCAUACACCUUGCUGCAGGAGCUAUUGUUUCAGGUCUCAUCUGGAGGUGCCUGACACAUAUCAAGUCAAACAUUGCGAAUGCUGCCUCCUUGUUCACCCAUCUCUACGUUGCAAUUGCUACAGUUCCAUUUACGAUCAUGGCCGGAAAUGCUCUCUCUUGAUUUCAUAGUGUUCAGCCACUGAUAAUAUUGAACCAAUGUCCGUGCUGGAAGAUCUGUAAUGUGUUUCAGUUUGGUAUCCUUGUAUACUUCUUGAAUAACGAAAUUAUCAUCCUAUUUUACUGCAAAACAUAUCCUUACUGUAAGAAAAUAACUUUGAUAUUGUGGAUCUUUGCAGCUAUAUAUAUGAUUCAACUAGUAUAAAAAUUUCUUCAUGAA